ACACCGUCUCCAACCACCGACGUGCCGCCGACGGUGGAGAAUUCACCAUUCAUGCCAGACUUCGAUGCUAUUCCACCGAUAAGACCAUGUGAAACCCCUCCAACACCAUCACCGUCGCCAACCGUACCGCGAACCGAUAGUCCUGAAUUUUCCGAUCCACCGAACAUAUCUCCACCUGGCUGUGAAGCACCGCGACCUCCCACGUCUCCACCUGGACAGCCGGAAGCAUUCCCACCACGCUCUCCGGACGCCACGCCUCCUAAACAACCUCCGGAUCCUAGAGAGCAAAUUAGAACAUCUAAUGUUAGAUCCGAGUAG